AGCGUGUCGGGCUCAUGUCUGCAGCUCUGCGCUGGUCCUAGCUGCAUGGCUUUGGAGUGAAUGGACGUGCUGGACUCUGCCCUGAAUUCAUCCAGAGAAUGCCGGUAUCGCCAGCACCCUCUUUGUCCCAUUACAAUAGGGCUUUAUGAACACAGGCUAGCCUGCUAGUUUAAAGCUGGACUGUUUACUUUUAUCACUACUUAUGCAUGCUGUUCUCUUGCCAGUCAUCUGCCAGAGUGCUUAGAAUAAUUUGAAACAACAGGCAAUAUUUAUUUCUAGCUUUGUGUGUCAUGCUUCGCAGGAGCACUCUUAAUUUGCACAUUAUUAUUUAUCCAAACUUCUGGGAAGAUUUACUAUGGACUGGACAGCACUGGUUAUGGGUUAGGACAGAUUUAAUAUACACUCUUGAUUGACUGAAACCUAUGAGGAAAGCCACGGUGUUUGCCUUUACUGUAAUGCCGAGGGGUAUAUUUAGUAGGUAGCCGACCCCACCAGUGCGACAUGCAAUGCAGCAUGGCUGUGCGGUUGGUAGCUGACACGGGAGGAUGCUGCAGGACCCCAGACCGCCUGCUGAAGGAGAGAGGGAGGCUCUCCUCGUUUGCUGGCAGAUCAUUUUGCUGUGUAUCAGCGUCAGAGGCACAAGCAUAACUGUCUCUGCGUCUUUGGGACAAAAGGAGAGUUUCACUGUUAUGAGCCCAGUGAUAAAGUGUCAGUGUAGUGCAACUGAGAGGUGCGGGAACGGACACUGUCCUGAGAGAGCCUGGCUGACGAAUAAAGCCCCGUCUCCCUCCUGGGAUUCAGAUGCUGCUCUUUAAUUAACGGGGAAGAGACUGACACUGAGCAAGUGCAGCCUGACGAGAGAUUCUUUGACGGAUUACAAUCUCAGCAAACUCCAACUCGAGAAGAAGAAUGACAGCUAAGAGACUUAAACCAGACUUUUCACCAUCCUGGAAAGGAACUGGCUGCCGGUAUUUGGAGGUUUUUUAAUACUCUACCUCCCUCUGCUGUUAUCAGCGAGAAGUCCCUCGACAAUGGGAAAUCAUGUACUUGCGGCUUCAAUUUCCAUGCUCUCUCUCCUGGCAAUGAUGGGAGACGCGGACAGUAAAACAGACAGUUCCUUCAUGAUUGACUCCGACCCCAGCCGCUGUAUGAGGCAUCACUACGUUGACUCCAUCAGCCACCCCCUCUACAAGUGUAGCUCGAAGAUGGUGCUGCUGGCUCGCUGUGAAGGGCGCUGCAGCCAGACAUCGCGCUCGGAGCCGAUGGUUUCUUUCAGCACUGUCCUGAAGCAGCCUUUCCGCUCCACCUGCCACUGCUGCCGGCCCCAGACCUCCAAGCUGAAGGCCAUGCGAUUGCGAUGUUCGGGGGGCAUGCGGCUCACUGCCACCUACCGCUACAUCCUCUCCUGCCACUGCGAGGAGUGCAACUCCUAGGGGCAUACCUGCUGCAGCAGAGAGGGGACUGGGAUGCUGCUGUUGGGGAAGGCUCCCAAGAAGUAAUCCAAGGUGAGGCUGACGCUCCCAGUGCACGAUUGCAGCAAGGACAGGACUAAUCAGGCUGGAUUGGAUCUGAGAGCUAAAGUAUAAAAUAUCCUGGGGCCCUGGAUGGUGCUGGUACCGAAGUGUGGGCUGUGACAAAGGCGAAAGCAUGAGGACUUGUUUUUAAGAAGUCUUUCUUUUUUUCUGAAAGGUUAUUUUUGUGAGUUUCUUCUUUUUCAGGCUCAGCUCUGACUACAGAGGUGCUUUAACUUUAGGCCAAGGGCAGCAAGGGAAAAGAGAGGAAGGUCAGCCGGAUGACAGCGCUGCGCUCUGGAAGUUGGUGUUCAAAGGAUGGGCAUCAGUUCCCACAUACCAUCUCUUAACCUAUCAAUUUAUUCUCAGUCUCUUAGUUAUAUUGGCCUUCAAAACAAACUGUGUCGAUGGCAAGGGUUAUCUGUUACUGAUCUAGCAGCCAAGCUCUGGAUAACUUUAACUGUGGUUUAGCAGAAAUUACAAAUAAAUCAUUGAAAAGUGAA